GGUAAGGCUCCGCGCGAGAGUACUUUCAUGUGGUCUGCUCUCGUUUUCAAGGUCGACCUGCAACCCAUCCUGCCUCAGUCACAGCGAGCAGUCUCUCGGAUCUCUCUUGACCAUGGAUAUAAUACCCGCUGAAGCGCCCAGCAGAGAACCGAGAUGGGCUCUGCUCUCGGAGAAAUACGAGGUACCCAAGUCUUGGAAGCAGUACCUGUUACCCGCCCUACCUCGAUUCAUGCAGCCAGGAGGACUACCAAGUAGAAAGAUAGGGCCAACGUCCUACUUGGAUGCCCUCAGGGGCUAUGCAGCUCUUAUUGUCGUCUUCUUUCACAUCUUUCCGACGCCUGACAUCGAAUCCGGCGGGUGGCGACGUCAGCCAUUCCUUAACCUCCUCGACUCGGGAAAAGGCAUGGUGAUUAUAUUUUUCAUCAUCUCGGGUUACGCUCUCGGAUAUCGACUUCUCAUCCUGACCAGACAAGGAGAUACCGAUGGCCUUUUGAACGCGCUGUCUUCAUCUGCUUUUCGGCGAUGGUUCAGACUCUAUCUCAGUAGUGCGGCGGCCUGCAUUUUGGCCUUUCCUUUUGUCCGCAUGGGGUGGUUCAACGGCCUGCACGGCCUGUACAAACCGAGGCUCAUUGACCAGAUAAUCGACUUUACCAUUAAGACCGGCGCGUUUAUGAAUCCCUUCGGAGCGCCGUCGACCAACGAGUACCUGUAUCAACUCUGGACCAUUCCCAUCGAAUAUCGCGGCAGUAUGGUCCUCUUCUUAUUCAUACUUGCUACAUGCAAGUUGAGCACCAGAGGUCGAAUGGCCAUUACAUGGAUCAUGAUAUUGGCCUGUUAUGUGUGGGAGGUCCAUUUCCAGGCAGAGUUCUUGGCCGGUUUCUUCAUUGCCGAUCUCUCUAUGAGUCGACGACCUGAACGUGUGGACAGGCGACCCUCAGCUCUCGGCCAGCGGGCAGACGUUGGCAAGAUCGUCUGGCCCGUUCUUCUGGUUGUUGGAUUGUUCCUAGUGGCAAGACCGAAAGUUGGUAAUCAGCUGGGGUUCUUGGGGUCGUUUCCUUGGGGGUUUCUCAAUUCCCUCGUGCCUUCGUGGUAUAAGACAGACGCUCAGUUUGUAUUCUGGAUGUCACCCGGGGCUUUUAUGGUCGUCCUAGCCAUCGAAUCGUACCCUAUUUUGCAAACGCCAUUCCACUGGCGCAUCUCUCAAUACAUGGGCGACUUAUCUUUCGGUUUGUACGCCAUUCAUCCACCUCUCGGCCAUACAAUUAGACGACACUGGACGGAUCCAUUCAGACACAGAUUCUUGGGCGAUUCAUUUCUGGCUAAAAUUCCAGGCUUCAUUGUGGUAAUGCUUGUGAUAUUUAUUGCCGCGGACUAUUUUGAGAGGAUAGAUAAGAGAGCUGUACAAUUUACUCGAUGGCUUCAAAAGAAAGUCUUUGUCUAGAAGUGGGACGCAGGGGACUUGCAAAAAGACCAUGGGAGAUGGGUGGUGGCACGAUGAUUUUAUAUAUUUCUAGACAAGAAGGGGUGAAGUUGACAUUGAGAUACCCAAGUACCAUAUGCAAUAUACGAGUCUGG